CUAUUUUACAAACUCACCCUUCAAAUACCAUAUAUUAUAUAUUUAGCUCAUAAGCCUUCCCACCUGAAAUCUCAUAAUUUGUUCAUAUACAACAACAACACCAUAAUGUCAGAGCUAAAGAAAAGCUUGUUUUUUUCACCAACUUUCAAGACUCCAUCUUUUAGAACUCAAAAAACCAUGGCAUUAACUUUUAGUAUCACAUUCAUGUUUGUUACUUGUGCUGUUUUCUUUGUGUUCAAUAAUCCUUCACUUAACCAUUCCUCUAUUUGGUUCAAGAAAAUAUUGGAAAAAAGGUCACAUUUUUCCACUUUUUUCUCUCAAUAUAAUUUUUCUUCUGUUUCUCAAAAUGGGGUUUCAAUAUCACUUGAUAAAACCAUUAACUCUGAAAAUGGUCAAAAGGGUUUAAAUAAUGAGAAUUUACAAAAUAUGACAAAUGAUAAAAAUACAAGAAAUGAAAAGAAUGAACCUUGGUGGGAAAAAAUGAGUCAUUGUGAUAUUUUUGAUGGGAAAUGGGUGAAAGAUGAAUUUGGCCCUUUAUAUGAAGCUGGUUCAUGUCCUCAUAUUGAUGAACCAUUUGAUUGUUACAAAAAUGGAAGACCAGAUAAUGGAUAUGAGAAGUUCAGGUGGCAGCCUACUCACUGUAAUAUUCCAAGGUUGAAUGCUAAAAAAAUGUUGGAGCUGCUGAGAGGAAAGAGAUUAGUUUAUGUUGGUGAUUCUUUGAACAGGAAUAUGUGGGAAUCAAUGGUAUGUUUGCUUAGAAACUCUCUUGAAGAUAAGAACAGAGUUUUUGAGGCAUCUGGUAGACAUGAUUUCAAGAAAGAAGGUGCUUACUCUUUUAUAUUCUUGGACUACAAUUGUUCAGUGGAGUUCGUUCGUUCUCCUUUUCUGGUUCAAGAGUGGGAAGUACCAGAUGAGAAUGGAUCAAAGAAAGAAACGCUUCGGCUGGAUCUUGUUGAGAGGUCAUGCGACAAAUACAAAGGCGCUGACAUUCUUGUAUUUAACACCGGGCAUUGGUGGACUCAUGAGAAAACAUCUGCAGGGAAAGGUUACUAUCAAGAAGGUAGCCAUGUUUAUGAUGAACUAAAUGUAGUCGAGGCGUUUCGCAAGGCAAUGACAACAUGGUCGAGAUGGAUUGAGGCCAAUGUAGAUCCAAUGAGAACUCAAGUUUUCUUCAGAGGUUAUUCAGUCUCUCAUUUUAGUGGAGGGGAGUGGUAUUCUGGUGGAAAAUGUGACAGUGAUAUCGAACCACUGAAGGAUGAGAAAGAAUUGUCGCCUUCUCUGUAUCCGCCAAUAAUGGGAAUGUUAGAGAAUGUGAUCAGGUGGAUGAAGACGCCGGUCUACUACUUGAAUAUUACUAGAAUGACAGAUUUUCGCAAGGAUGGACAUCCAUCGGUAUACAAGAAGCCAAACAUGACAGACGAGGAGAGGAGGUCGACAUUAAGGUACCAAGAUUGCAGCCACUGGUGCCUUCCUGGUGUACCAGAUACUUGGAAUGAGCUCCUAUACGCGCAACUUCUAAUGAAACGUUAUCAGAAACAACAACGACAACAGCAGCAGCAGCAGCAGAUUGGUUCCUAGGUAAAAAUUGCUGUCAAUGUGCCAAGUUUGCAGCCAUUGGUGCCUUUACUGGUGAUGAAGCAUCAAUAGACAUAUCAUGAGCAACAACAUCGCGUGGGUUUGCCACGCAAACAUAGCAUCACUAGUGUAAAGGACAACUCGGUGCAUAAAGCUCCUGCAAGGGGUCCAGGGAAAGGCUAGAUGACAUUGAGUCUAUUAUACGCCGCCUUGCAUUUCUGCGGGAGGCUGUUUUCACGUCUUGGACUCGUGACCUUCUAGUUAUAUGGAGGCAACUCUUACCGUUAUGCCAUAGCGUCAGUAGUGUGUAAAUAUGAUAUUGUAAGACAAAAGGCGUCUCAUUUUUGUAGUUUUUGGUUAUGGAAAGUGAGGGAAAUACAAGAUAUUGUGUCUUCUUUCCCUCUUUGUCUCUAGUUAAAUAUAAAUACAGAGCUUUUAUGGAAAUAAUUAAGCAGCUGGACUUUCUUAAA